UCAAGAUUUGAUCACUAAAUUGUGAUUAGGGUUUAACCAGCAAGAACAGCAAACAAAGGGUUUUACAUUUUCAGCUUGUUCUUCGCUCAAUCAAAAAUGCAUCGACGUUCAUCAAUCUCCCUCUGUAAAUCACUAUUUCGACACCCUUUUCAUAAAUCUACAAUACCCAUAUCUCAUUUUUCCUCAACAACUCCCACAUCUCUCUCAAAUCAAUAUGUUUCUGACACAAAAACAUCCUUAAACCCCACAAAACCCAGACAUUUUCUUGGUCCGAAGAGGUCAAUUUUUCUGAAUAUAAGGCGAUAUAGUAGUGUUGACACUGACAGAGAAGUUGAUAAAAUCAACCUCAAGUUUGCGGAAGCAAGAGAGGAGAUAGAAUCAGCAAUGGAAUCUAAAGAGACAGUGUAUUUUAAUGAAGAAGCUGAUUGUGCUCGUGAUGCUGUUAAGGAAGUUCUUGAUUUGUAUCAAGAGUUAUUGGGAAAGGUGUCGGAGAGUGAAAAGGGAGUGAUUCAAAGGUCUAUGGGGCUUAAGAUUGAGCAAUUGAAGGCUGAGCUUGAUCAAUUGAAUGAAUGAAUGAAUGAAUGGUUGAUUGGUGAGCUUUCUUUAGUUUUGUUAUGGAUUUUCUUUUUCUUAAUUUUAUUCAUUGUAUAAGUACAAUAAUUUCAGUGGGUUGCAAUGGACAAUGCAAAUGCUUAUAAUUGGAAUCGGGUGUAACUGAAUGAUGGUCUAUGACUUGUUAGUAUGAAUUAAAAGUUUUUUUUUUUGACUGUUG